GAUCGUAUAGAGUGUGCAGUCUCGCAACAGCAGUCUCGAGGCUUUUUGGUAUAUUGCAAACGGUUGCUAAAGGAUAGUGCCGGAUCCUUGGGACCGAUAUCGCAGCUAGGUCUCAGCUGCGCGAUGGCUUGCUGGACGUCAAAGAUCCACAAAAUUAAAGACGUCGCCGUUCGAAAUUGUUCUCACAUCAACACACAACACAAACCCGCAAAAGCACAAUGACUGACUUCCCGCCCCCACCCGUAAACACCAUUGACUGGAGCAAUGUUGGAUUCAAAAUCCGCGAAGUUGCCGGCCAUGUUGAAUCAACUUACUCCAAGCAAACUGGGAAAUGGACAGACCCGGUGUUUGUUGAAGACCCGUUCCUCCGCAUCCACGGCAUGGCGCCAGGUCUGAACUAUGGCAUGCAGUGCUACGAGGGCAUGAAAGCUUUCCGCGCACCAAACGACACCAUCAACAUCUUCAGGCCAAACAAGAAUGCCGAGCGAAUGCAGCAUUCUGCCUCUUACAUCUCUAUUCCCGAGGUUCCCACAGACCACUUCAUCGCCUGCUGCAGCUUGGCUGUAGGCAUGAAUGCAGCAUAUGUUCCUCCUCACGAGACAGGAGCAGCGAUGUACAUCCGCCCUCUGCUAUUCGGAAGCUCGGCGCAGCUAGGACUGAACCCACCUGAGGAGUACACCUUUGUGGUCUACUGCAUUCCAACUGGUGUCUACCAUGGAACAAAGCCCGUUGACGCUCUAAUCCUCGAGGACUUUGAUCGUGCGGCGCCAGAAGGUACUGGGUCAGCCAAAGUUGGUGGCAACUAUGCUCCCGUGCUACGUCACAGUGAGAAGGCGUACAAGGCAGGCUUUGGUAUCACACUUCACUUGGACAGCAAGACCCGAAGUGUUGUUGAUGAGUUCUCGACAUCAGCGUUCAUUGGCGUGAAGAAGGACGGCGACAAGGUGAAGCUCGUCUCUUCCAGCAGCAAGAACGUCAUUCAAAGUGUCACCGGGGACAGUGUCCUGAAGAUCGCAGAGUCCUUUGGCUGGGAGACCGAGUCACGAGAGAUUGCCUAUGAGGAGAUUAAGCACUUCGACGAGGUGUUGGCCGCCGGUACCGCAGCAGCCCUUGUCCCGAUCAAGUCCAUUACCAUGGGCUCGAAGGAUGACAAGUUCACAUACCCUGCCGCUUCGGAGGAGGCUGGACCCAUCUGCGUCAAGCUGCUCACCACUCUGAAGGGUCUCCAGCAAGGCAAAAUCGAGGACAAGCAGGGUUGGCUACUUAAGGUGGAGAAGCCAGAGCAGUGGGGAAAGAAUGAGACGAAUGGUGCAAAGACUGUUGGUCAACUUCCAUAAAUUGGGUCAUGAGAUAUGAGAAGACGGAUACAACACGAUUCAAAAGUGAACCAGGC